GGCUCUGCAGCUGUCUCCCGAGCGCGGGCUGCGCCGCCGGAGCCGCUGGGCCGGGGAAGUACUGGCUGUUCAUUCCCGGCCCGGCUCCUCCAGGCGCUCGCAGGCAUGCAGCUCGGGAGCAGACGGCGCGCCCCCGGCCGCUGCUGAGCGGACCAGGGCGGCAGGGGCGAGCGCCAGCCGAGCCCUCCCACCUUGCCCCGGGGCCGACGAGCGGCGCCCCCGGACCACCUCCUCUUCGCCUGCAGCCCCGCCAGCGCUACCCCCCGCGGGCCGUAAGGGCUCAUGCAGCCGCCAAGGGAGAGGCUAGUGGUAACAGGCCGAGCUGGAUGGAUGGGUAUGGGGAGAAGGGCAGGACCUUCAGCCCUGGGAUUCUGGCCGACCCUCGCCUUCCUUCUCUGCAGCUUUCCCGCAGCCACCUCCCCGUGCAAGAUCCUCAAGUGUAACUCUGACUUCUGGAGCGCCACGGCCGGCGGCCACUACCUGGCCUCAGACGACGCCCCCGAGUUCUGCACGGCCCUGCGCGCCUACGCGCACUGCACGCGGCGCACCGCCCGCACCUGCCGGGGCGACCUGGCCUACCACUCGGCCGUCCAUGGCAUAGAAGACCUCAUGGGCCAGCACAACUGCUCCAGGGAUGGCCCCACCUCGCAGCCGCGCCUGCGCACGCUCCCGCCCGCCGGGGACAGCCAGGAGCGCUCCGACAGCCCCGAGACCUGCCACUACGAGAAGAGCUUCCACCGGCACGCCGCCCCUCCCAACUACACGCACUGCGGCCUCUUCGGGGACCCGCACCUCCGGACUUUCACAGACCGCUUCCAGACCUGCAAGGUGCAGGGCGCCUGGCCGCUCAUCGACAAUAAUUACCUGAACGUGCAGGUCACCAACACGCCCGUGCGGCCCGGCUCCGCCGCCACCGCCACUAGCAAGCUCACCAUCAUCUUCAAGAACUUCCAGGAGUGCGUGGAGCAGAAGGUGUACCAGGCGGAGACGGAUGAGCUCCCGGCUGCCUUUGCCGACGGCUCCAAGAACGGCGGGGACAAGCACGGGGCCAACAGCCUGAAGAUCACGGAGAAGGUGUCGGGCCAGCACGUGGAGAUCCAGGCCAAGUAUGUGGGCACCACCAUCGUGGUGCGCCAGGUGGGCCGCUACCUGACCUUCGCGGUCCGCAUGCCGGAGGAGGUGGUCCACGCCGUGGAGGAGCGGGACAGCCAGGGCCUCUACCUCUGCCUGCACGGCUGCCCCCUCAGCCAGCAGAUCGACGUCCGGGCCUUCCGCACCGCCGCCAGCCCCGCACCCACGCUGCCCGAGGCCUUCCCCUACGAGACGGCCGUGGCCAAGUGCAAGGAGAAGCUGCCCGUGGAGGACCUGUACUACCAGGCCUGCGUGUUCGACCUCCUCACCACGGGGGACGUGAACUUCACGCUGGCCGCCUACUACGCGCUGGAGGAUGUCAAAACGCUGCACUCCGACAAGGAUAAGCUGCACCUGUACGAGAGGACUCGGGAGCUGCCCGGCCGGGCUGCUGCCACGGGCCUGCCCCCGGCCCCCCGGCCCCUUCUGGGCACCCUCCUCCUCUUCCUCCUCACCCUGCUCCCUGUGUUCUUGUAGGCAGCCACCGCCCAGGACGGAGAGAGAGGCGGAAGGUCUGUCUGUCCUGCCCAGGUUGCUCGGUGAGCCGGGACGGCAGCCGAUCAGCAGAGCUUGGGGAGCGGAGGCAGCCGCUCAACCAGUGGGCCUGCUGGAUGUUACGUUGGACCUGCCUGCUGGCAAGGGCUUGGGGGCAUGGGACAGUCCCCGACCCCUCUCUCGUACACGUGACAAGGUUGUGGUGACUGGUACAGUGUGGUGUUUGUGACAGUAGAAUUGUGUGAGAGGGAGAGCAGCUCCCCUCCACCCCCCAGCCCCUGCAGUGUGAAUGUGCAAAUCAGAGCCCCUCAGGCCGAGGGUCCCCUCGCCUCCCCCCAGGGGGACAGAGACACUGGGAGCUGUCAAUGUCCAGCCCUCCCUUGACCCCACCCCACCCCGGCCCGCUCCUCCUUGAAAUGCACUGAAACAGGCCGGGCUGCCCGCCGCACGCACAUGCUCGCUCGCACACUCGCACCCCGAGCUGGAGGGAGCGCUGCCCCCACUGAGCCGCGGCCUCUGGGGCAGGGCAGGAAGGGGGUGCAGAGCAGGGCUGAGGCAUCAGGGAAGGCCCCUUCCCCAGGCAGCACAUCCGUAACCCUCCCUCUUUCCCUUUGGGAUUUGGGACACCCCCUCAGCACUGUUAGCAAAUCUGCAGAAUCUGUCGGCCAAAAGGCUGGGCCCGUGCCCCACCCCACCCCUGGUGCCUUCCUGCCUGGGACCUGCUGGCCGGCCGAGGGGACCCCAACCACGUCCACCCUGGCUGCCUCGGGGCCCAGGUCCACCCAGAGCACCUCCCACUGGGAGGGGUGGUGCACACAGGCAAACCCACCCCAGCAAGCUCAUAUGCCCUCCUCGGGCCCCUUCCCCGCCUGCCCCUCACUGUACAUAAGAAGCUGCAUCCUUGGUUCUAAAUGUUUAAACAGAGAAGAGACCUGCUGGUUUCUGUCCCUUCUCCAGCAGAGGGCAGGAGCCCUGGGCAGGGGAGCUGGGGCCGUGCGGCAUGAGCAGGGGACACGGUGGACGGGGCUGGCUGGCCUGCCCUGAUCCUCUGCUUUCACCCCCCACCUUGCUCCCCCCGGAGCACCAGGCUGCAGUGGCAGCCUCCCUCCCCACCCGUCACCCUCACCUGGAUCCUGGGGAGAGGAGCAGGGUCUAGAAGGGUCUAGAAGGCCUCUGUGCCCUACACAUCCCUGGCAGGGUCUCCUCCCCCCCACUCAUGGACAGAAACCCCUUUCCUUAAGUCCUGGGGCUGCACAGCCAGGGCCACGUUUGCCAUCGGGAGCCCUGAAAGCAGCCGGCUCUGCUGCUGUCCCCUGAGCCCCGGGGACCAUCACAGGGAUGGGCUCCCCCCUCGAAGGCAGUUUUCCCUGAAGCCCCUGCACUGUUACCCCCCGGGCAGCCUGUCUGAAGCCCCCGGGGACCUCGCAUACACUGGCCCAGGAGGCUGCGGACCCUGUGUCUCCCCACUCCCCCUGGAGGUCCUGCGCUCUCCGCCAAAACCCGGUGGGCUGCGGGCGAGAGGGGAGGCAGGCCCCGGCCCGUCCUGCUGGUUCUUAGACCGCCCCUGUGUUGGAAGUGAAAAGUGAAGCACUUUAUUUUGGUUGUGUUUGAUCGCGUUCUGCUUGGCAGUGGGCAGCCCUCACUGCAUCUUACGUCUCUGAUCUGCGUGGAGCGUCACCGCAUGUACAUACUGUAAAUUAUUUAUUAACGGCUAAAUGCAAGUAAAGUUUGAGUUUUUGUUUUGUUACUUCUUUUUUUGAA